UAUGGAGGAGCCCCAGGAGGACCAGCAUUUCCUGGACAAGCUCAGGAUCCUUUGUAUGGUUAUUUUGCUGCAGUAGCAGGGCAGGAUGGACAAAUAGAUGCUGAUGAGCUACAGAGAUGUCUCACCCAGUCAGGGAUUGCAGGAGCGUAUAAACCUUUCAACUUAGAGACUUGCAGACUUAUGAUCUCAAUGCUGGAUAGGGAUAUGUCUGGCACACUGGGAUUUAAUGAGUUUAAAGAACUCUGGGCUGUGGUCAAUGGCUGGAAGCAACACUUCCUAAGUUUUGACAACGAUAGAAGUGGUACAGUGGAUCGUCAAGAACUGGAGAAGGCCUUGAUGAAUAUGGGAUUUAGACUGAGCCCACAGGCAGUGACUGCGAUCACAAGGCGAUACAGCACUCAUGGAAAGAUUACAUUUGAUGAUUACAUUGCCUGCUGUGUGAAACUCAGAGCUCUCACUGAAUGUUUUAGAAGAAGGGAUACAUCUCAGCAGGGUUUUGUGAACUUCCAGUAUGAUGAUUUCAUACAGUGUGUUAUGAGCAUCUAAAUCAAAAGGAAGGAAGUUGUGGAUGAUCACAAUUAACAUUCCAGUCUGUUUUGCUUUGCCAAAUCUUCCAACAACUAUGUAUCUCAGUACUGGAAAUUGCGUAUUUUAUGAAGAUAGUGCUUUGCACACUUGCAUUUUUUUAGUUUUGACAAUGACCAAUAACUAUUCACGUACUGUUGUCUUUAACUUUCAAUCUGUGACUAUUAAAGAUGUUUUUAUUUUCAUAAAUUUGCA